UGUUCGUGCCUGUGUUUCGUCUCUCUUUCUCAUGUGGUACAGGACGCCAUCCACUUCUUCGUGACCAUCUCGGAGUUCGAGGUGUCGGGCUCGACGGUGGGCAUGAGGCAGAUGCUGCCCCUCGUCUGGUCCAAGGAGGCUGGAGUGAAGGAAGCUGUGGUGGAGGCCUACCGGCGGCUGUACCUCAAUCCCGGUGGGAAGCGCCCGAAGCCACAGACUCUGGUCCGGAACCUGACUGGCCUGAUCUUCGAUUCCACCGUCGAGCGCAUCAAGUGCUUGGAGGAGCUGGUGAGUGAGUUUGUGCAGAAGGAGGAGGUGGAUUCGAUGGUCAUCCAGCUGUUGUGGGAGCGGUUCACCGGGAAAGUGCCCUGUACACCGGAGGAGCGGAGAGCAGCAGUGAUCCUCCUCGGCAUGGCCGCUCGAGGUGAACCGGAGAUUGUGGGCAGUAACCUGGAGACCCUUUACACUGUCGGAUUGGGGUCACAAGCAUCCCAGGACUAUCAGCUCGCCCGGGACAUCUGCCUUGCUAUUGGAAAACUCUCAAACUCUAAGAAGCAGGGCGUUCCCGGACGGAGUGAGGCUCCCUUCCGCCUGCCCGCGGACCACCCCCUCUUCGCCCAUCUCUGCUCGGCCGUGACGGAAGGCUUCUCGGCCCCCAGCCUGUACUGGCGCCCCUUCGCCGAGUCCGCUGUCUCCCUGCUCUACCGUCUGGCCGAGAAUCCGGACCAGCUGUGCGGGAGCCUCCUCCUCCGCUGCUCCCGGCUCCUCGUCAGCCCGGAGCCCCAAGGCGGAGGCUCCCCGCUGCCCAGCGCCCAAUCGGAGGAGGGCAAAGGUGCGGCGACCGAGCUGUCCGUCCACCUGCUGACCAACCUGGUGAGCCUGGUGGGACAAGUGGCCUUACAGCAGGUGGUUCACCUGGAGCAGGCCGUCGGCCCCGAGCUCCAGCGGCGACGGCUGGACCGCGAGCAGAGGGCCAGCAAGCAGAGGGGAGCCAGCAAGCCCAAGAGGGCCAGCGUGAGCGCCAUUGAGGAGGAGCUGGGCUUGGCGGAGAACGCGGCCGAGGACACGGAGGCGGAGCUGGUGCGGAAGGUGUGCGACGCGGAGCUGCUGCAGGAGGGCCAGCUCCUGUCUGCCUUCAUCCCCCUGGUGGUGAAGCUCUGCAGUAACCCCGGCCUGUACGGCGAUCCCGAUCUGGCCACGGCCUCCUGUCUCGCCCUCUGCAAGCUGGCGACCGUCAGCCACGACUUCUGCGAGACACACCUGCGCCUGCUGUUCACCCUGCUGGAGAAGUCGGCCCUGCCCGCCAUCCGGUGCAACACGAUGGUGGCGCUCGGGGACCUCUGCUUCAGGUUCCCCAACCUCAUCGAGCCCUGGACCCCUCACCUGUACGCCAGGCUGCGUGACCCCUCCCCUGCGGUCCGCCGGACUGCCCUGAUUGUUAUGACCCAUCUCAUUCUGAAGGACAUGGUGAAGGUGAAAGGACAAAUCAGUGAAAUCGCCUCACUGCUUGUUGACAAGGAGGAAGAGAUUGCCCUGCUGGCCCGGAGUUUCUUCAAUGAGUUGUCCAACAAGGGGAACGCCGUGUACAACCUUUUGCCGGACAUAAUCAGCCGUCUGUCCGACCCGGAGGGCGGUAUCGAGGAGGAGCCCUUCCGCACUGUCAUGAGGUAG